GUCAAUGUCAGCGUGAUUGAUAGAUAUUGUCAAAACAUCUCAACAGUAUUACUCGAAUUAGAAUUUCAUUUUAUUUUUAUUACGUAUUUUCUUUGAUAUCAUAAGAUAUGCGAAUUUAAUAAUAUAAUAUGAAUAAGCUAUUAUUAUACUGUACACGCGUUUAUCGGACGAGUGUUAUCUUACGAAAAUAUCCCGUUUGUUCAUAUUCUACUGAACAUCCCAGCGCAAUAUUUAUUGGGACCAAAGAUAGAUACAAUGGCAUUACAAUUGAUUCCAAAAAAGAAAAUAUCAAUGAGGAAAAAUUCACAAAAAAUCUUGAAGAGUCACUGGCAUACUGGGCAACCGAAGGACACAGAUGUAUAUGGUUCAAGAUUAACAUAAAUGAUGCUUUUUGUGUACCCAUAUUAGCACAAAAAGGAUUUAGUUUCCAUCAUGCAAGAGAUGACUUUGUGAUGAUGUACAAAUGGCUGCCUAGGGACUCGGAGCCGAACCUCCCUCCGGCUUGCCACACUAACCUUGGAGUUGGUGCCAUGGUCUUCAAUGAGAAGAACCACAUCCUUGCAAUCUCUGAGAAGCACUAUGAGUAUCCUCACUGGAAGCUUCCUGGAGGCUAUGUUGAGAGAGGUGAAGAUAUUGUUGAUGCAGCUGUAAGAGAGGUGAAAGAAGAGACAGGUAUUGACGCCGCAUUUGAGUCACUCGUCACAUUUCGUCACACACACAACAUGAUGUACGGAAACUCAGAUAUUUAUGUUAUUCUUAUGAUGAAGGCUUUGUCACAUGAUAUUGUACCAUCUCCAAGAGAGGUUAACCUUUGCAAGUGGAUGGAAGUAGAGGAAUAUAUUACCCAUCCUCAUGUUCAUUACUUCAAUAGACUUAUUGUUAAAACAGCUUUAGACUAUAAACAAAAGAACUUAAAACUUGAUAUACAGAAAAAAACUGUUAAAUGGGCAACUAAUGUAAGAGAAAUGAAUUUUUUGGUGGUUAAUGAAUGUAAAUAUUCUUAAAUGUAAUAUGUAGGUAAAUGUGAAAUAGUACAAAAUAUUGUGUAUAUAUUUGUGAAUAUGUAAAAUAUAAUGUACCUAUACUGUUGAAAAUACAAGUAAAAUAUAAAUUUAAAAA